AGAAAGAGAUAGUAUCCUAGCAAAUCUUAAAGAGAGCAGAGAAAGUGUUAGAAAGGUCACCAUCACCACCACCACCACCACCAUCAUCUCACUCACCGUACGCCCUCUUCUACUCAAACUAGGAAUUUAGCCAUACAUACAGAGCAGUUACAAGGAAUCGAGUGGAUCAGAGAGUAGAGAGAAAAAUAUAAUGAUGUACCAUCAUCAUCACCACCUGCAUCAGCACCAGCACCAGCACCAGGCCAAGAACAUCCAUUCCUCUUCUUCAAACAGAAUGGCCAUUCCUCCUGAAACGCAUCGGCUUCUGCAGCCGGAAAGUUGCCCUGAAGAUUCAGGACUCGUCCUCUCAACUGAUGCCAAGCCAAGACUUAAAUGGACUCCAGAUCUCCACGAGCGCUUCAUAGAAGCAGUAAACCAGCUGGGAGGAGCAGACAAGGCUACUCCAAAAACAGUAAUGAAACUUAUGGGGAUUCCAGGGCUUACAUUAUACCACUUAAAGAGUCAUCUCCAGAAAUAUAGGCUUAGCAAGAAUCUGCAUGUACAUGCUAAUAGUGGUGGCACAACCAAAAUUGUUGCAGUUGCAGUGCCAGGAGAAAGAAUAUCUGAAGUAAAUGGAACUCAUAUGAACAAUAUGAGCAUCGGACCACAGUCAAAUAAAGGCAUACAUAUAAAUGAAACACUACAAAUGCAAAUUGAAGUGCAGAGAAGGCUACAUCAGCAGCUUGAGGUACAACGACACUUACAACUUCGUAUCGAAGCUCAAGGAAAGUACCUACAGUCGGUCUUGGAGAAAGCCCAAGAGACACUAGGAAGACAGAAUUUAGGUACAGUGGGACUUGAAGCUGCCAAAGUUCAACUCUCUGAACUGGUAUCCAAAGUGUCCACCCAAUGCUUGAACUCUGCAUUUACAGAGAUGAAAGAAGUACAGGGAUCAUGCCCCCAAAACCCCCCCACCGAUUGCUCUAUGGAAAGCUGCCUCACCUCCAGUGAAGGUUCUAAAAAGGAUCAGGAGAUACAAAACAAUAGCAGGAUGGGGCUAAGAGCUUAUAAUAGCAGCAGGGUACUAUUGGAAUCAGAAAAGACCAUGCUACAUCUGAAAGAGAAUAGCAUGUUUGUUUCCACACUAACCAAGAAUGCAGACCAAAGAAUGUUUCCCUCAGAACCAAGGUCUGGUGACUUUUCUAUGAGCAUUGGGCUUGAACGAGAAAUAUUGAACGGUAGCCACUGCAACUCCGAGGAAAGAUUCAAAGCAAGGAACACAAUUGACAGCUUUCUCGACAAUAAAAACAAUAGGGCAGAUUCAGUUAAAGUUGAUCAAAGUCGGAAAGUUUCUCAAGGAUAUAGCGGGCCAUACUUUGCAGCAAAACUAGACCUAAAUUCUCAUGAUGAUACUGAUGCUUCUUCAAGUUGCAAACAGUUUGACUUGAACGAUUUUAGCUGGAGCUAACAGGGUUUACCUCAAGUGGAGGGGAUAAAUUGCUGCAAAAAAUAGCAUGCCGGAUGGCGGGUCUCUUCUUCUCGGAGUUUG